AUGUACAAGGUUUUGGAGCGAAUUAUCCUCGACCGACUUAUCAAGCAUCACGAUGAGACAGCGCGCGACGAUCAAGCUAACCAGAUGUUCAUCGUUAGGAAAGUGAUCGAAAUCUGGCAGCGUUAUUCGAAGCCAAUGCAUUUAGCCAUUCUGUAUUUUGAAGCUGCUUUCGACUCUCCUCAUCGAGCUCGUCGUCUCAAAGCGCUCCAUGCCGAUGGAAUACCAGGAAUGCUCGUUAGCCUGUUUGAUAACAUGAAUCAACGAACAAGAGCUAUAGUUCGACUACUAGUUGGAUGUACAACACUGUUUGAGGUGGUAACUGGAGUAAGACAAGGGGCAGUGACAGGACCCUUCCGCUUAAACUUCAUCAUUGGUGACAUUAUUGCAAGAACUGUCGAGCCGAACAGUUCAGACGACGUCAUCUUAGCACCUUUAGGGCGCCUCUUGACCGAUCUUGAGUGGCCGACGAUGUUGUUAUAUUCGCGAAAGAAGCACGAAACUCCUGCACGUUGUCAACCCUGUAUCGAAGCUGGCUGCAGCCUCUGGACUACGUCUACGCCCUUACCCAAAAGGUCAAUUUUCCGAAAAAGGAAGUUCUGGACUGAGGUGGUGAAAGAGGACUUGAGGCCACUUGGCGUGGAUAGGUAUUUCAGGCGAGACGUUAGAUUUCGCAGGAUAUGGAAUAACGAAGAAUGGAUUGAAUCUGUGCAAGCGCUGGCAGAAGAUCGAGGAGGUUGGGUAGAGCUAUGUUCAAGGAAGGCACACAUCGGCGGAGAUGCAGGCAAUCGCAUCAGGCGAUGA